GCGCAGGACGCCCUCCCUCGUCCAUCGAUCUGACACUUCCACUGAGCGACCAGUUGGGAAGAAGAUGUGACGAGGGGCGGUGGACCGUCAAGUUUAGGGAGGAUUAAAGUUUCUCCGGGUCACUCGGCUCCAAGUCAUGCUUGCCUGGGACUGUUUUCCGUCCUUCUCCAGCGCUUGGCGCCAGCUCUAACUGCGAGUUCGCCGGCGGAGCGGCGUCACGCACGUGCCUGAGCCCCCGUUCCUCGCCCGGGAGGAGAGCGUCCUCUCCGGCUGCUCUGUCGCUGCAACAUGUCGCUCAGCAGGAGCAUCGAGUUCGAGCACUUUGAGGAGCGCGAGAAGCCGCCCCGAACACCCCGGAGCCACCACUCCGGCGCCAGGGGCCACGGCUUGGUUCCGAGUCCGGCUCACAGCGCGCACUGCAGCUUCUACCGCGCGCGCACCCUGCAGGCGCUCACGUCCGGGAGGAAAGCCAGGAAAGUCCGCUUCUAUCGCAACGGCGACAAGUACUUCAAAGGUCUGGUGUACGCCGUGUCCAGCGACCGGUUCCGGUCCUUCGAUGCCUUGCUCAUGGAGCUCACCCGCUCCCUGUCGGACAACGUCAACCUGCCGCAAGGCGUCCGGACCUUGUUUACCGUGGAUGGAGGGAGGAAGAUCACCUGCCUGGAUGAGCUGGUGGAAGGUGAGAGUUACGUGUGUGCCUCCAACGAGCCCUUCCGUCGAGUGGACUACACCAAAAACGUCAACCCCAACUGGUCGGUGGGAAGCAAGAGCGGCUCCUCUCGCUCGCUCCCCUCGCUCUUACCCCCCAAGAACGAGGUCCAGCGCGAGUCCAAGGACUUCAUCAAGCCCAAACUUGUCACGGUGAUCCGCAGCGGCGUCAAACCUCGAAAGGCGGUCCGGAUUCUUCUCAACAAGAAGACGGCUCACUCGUUUGAGCAGGUUCUGACGGACAUCACCGCUGCCAUCAAGUUGGACUCCGGCGCCGUGCGGAGACUGUACACUCUGGAGGGCAAGCAGAUCACCUGCCUGCAGGACUUUUUCGGGGAUGAUGAUGUGUUCAUCGCCUGCGGCCCGGAGAAGCACCGCUAUGCUCAGGACGACUUUGUGUUGGAUCAGAGUGGUAAGGCUUCCACAGCCUUUGUGACUGAGUGCCGAGUGCUGAAGGCCUCGUACAGCCGCUCCACGACGCCACACCGGACCUGCAAGAGUCCUGGACCUGUGCGUCGCAGCAAGUCGCCUGCCGCAGCCAAGCGGCCUGCUCACUUCUCCACCAGUCACUCCUCGCUCAAAUCCCCCGUCAAUGGGGUGGGUCAGCUCUCAGCGUCCAGGUCCACCAAGUCCUCCACUCCUUCACCCACCAGCCCCCGACUGAUCCCCAACAUCAAGAUCCCGCCGGCGAAUCACGUCACUUCCCCGACCCUCAACGGCUCAGCCAGCGACAGGCAGCAGAAGAGCGAUGGUCGGGCGCCGGAGGUGAACGGAAACCUCCACCACGCCAGCAUCGUGCAGAAAUACAGGGUCGGGAAGGUCAUCGGAGACGGCAACUUCGCCGUGGUGAAGGAGUGCGUGGAGAGCUCCACUGGAAAGGAGUUCGCACUGAAAAUCAUCGACAAGGCCAAGUGCCGAGGAAAGGAGCACCUGAUCGAGAGCGAAGUGUCGGUGCUGCGGAGGCUCAAGCACCCCAACAUCAUCCUGCUGGUGGAGGAGGUGGACACGCCCACCCAGCUCUACCUGGUGAUGGAGCUGGUGAAGGGAGGCGAUCUGUUCGACGCCAUCACCACCUGCAGCCAGUACACGGAGAGGGACGCCAGCGUCAUGGUGCGCAACCUGGCGGCGGCGCUGCACUACCUGCACGCCAUGAACGUGGUCCACAGAGACAUCAAACCGGAGAACCUGCUGGUUUAUGAAAACCCGAACGGCACCAAGUCUCUGAAGCUCGGGGACUUCGGUCUGGCCACAGUCGUCGACGGACCCCUCUUCACCGUGUGUGGAACCCCCACCUAUGUGGCACCCGAGAUCAUCUCAGAAACCGGCUACGGCCUGAAGGUGGACGUCUGGGCUGCCGGGGUCAUCACCUACAUCCUGCUGUGUGGCUUCCCUCCCUUCCGAAGUGAGAGCAACCAGCAGGAGGAGCUGUUCAAGCAGAUUCUCCUGGGCCAGCUGGACUACCCCAGUCCUUACUGGGACAACAUCAGCGAGUCGUCCAAGGAGCUGAUCGGGAAGAUGCUGCAGGUGGACGCUGAGGCCCGUCUCACUGCGGAGGAGGUCCUGGCUCACGCCUGGGUCCAGGACGACACGGAGGCGCAGAGCAGCGUGAAGGACGAGGCGUCGGCCGAACUGAAGUCUCCUGGGUCACCGGAGCACAGCACUGCUGCGAGCGAGCCGCUGGUCACGAACCUCCCGGACGUGCAGCUCCCUCCUCCGCUGUUGUGCACCGGCCACAGUGACCCGUCGCCCAGCGAGAGCCCCCCUCCUCCCCCUGCUGGUCCCUCCCCAGAGGACCCGACUCCCCCCUCCUCUGCCCCCCUCUCUCCUCCCACCAAGCUCGUGGUCUUCCUCCCCUGCUCUUCCCCACAGGAGCCGGACUCCCCUUCUCCUCCCCCGGCUCUCUUCCCCUCCCCUCCAUCCACCCCCACCAGAUCCAGCCCCCCGCCCUCCCCCCCCGGCCCCUCCUCCCCCGCCCUCUCUCUCCCAGCUGACACCGUGUUCUCCAUGGGACUUCUGGAGAUCUGAACUUUGGCGCCCUCUGGCGCCCGAGUGUCGUCCCACUGUACAUGUUUGUAGCUGCUGAUUUUAGGGCCUCAGACGAGACGAUCUUAUUUAUUGCCGAACGACUUUCACAAUGGCAUGAAUUCAUCAGGAAGGGCUGCGAGUUUCUCACCUCUGGAUGUGAAAUACGUCUCUGAAUCCUCAUUCUGUCCCUUUUUCACCUCCGUCUGUGAAGACUUGAGGCAGCUCCACCCUCUCGAGUCUCGCCCUCUGGCUCAGCUCUUCGUGACAGAAUUUUCCUGCGACCCGAACACGCAUGUUUGACAAGCAAGACUCCAGUUUCCACUCGCGUCAGCUCCCGCCUCUGCUCUCUCUCAUCUCUUGUAUAUGGAGUUAGAUUCCGUCUUGCCUGCUCAGUCUCCCCCAGAACUUUUUUUAGGGUUAGAAUAGCUGCUUUCACACCUGUGUAAAAAGAUGCAAUAAAACUUUCAAACAUGGGUUCCUCAUGCUGUUAUGACAAAUCUUGGUCAAUGUGUCUGGCUGUCAUUUAUUAUGAAUCUCAAGACUUGAAAUACAAACACUAUGAAAAAUGAAAAUGACAAACUAGCAUUUUUAAGGCAUUCUCCUGAGUCACACUUGACACCUGGGAUCUACGGCCCUUCCUCUUCUUCUGCCGCACCUUUCUCCUCUCGUCCUCAGUUUCACACGAAAAACUACUUCUUGAUCGAAUGAAAACAACCGUUUGAAAAUCCAAAUGAGAUCAAUGGAUCAUAAAACUCCACUUUAUUGUCAGAACUCACAGAAAACACUCCAAAAUAAUCUGAAA